GGUGUAGCCCGGAAGAGUUAAUUGUUUCUGUCGUCAUGGACGGAAGGGUGAUUACACCUGAUGAACUGGCCCAAGCCCAGAGAUUUGGAGAUUUGGUUCCGGUCUACAAAGUCGAUGAAAGAACGGUCGUUAAGACCGGCGACUGCGUCCGACUCGCUGAGGCCGAAGCAUUGAAACUAGUUCGCGAAAAGACAACCAUCCCCGUACCUGAAGUUUACAAUGCAUAUACAGACAGCGACACCGGGCAUGUGCGAAUUGUAAUGGAAUUCAUUGAGGGCGACCGCCUCGAUGACGUCUGGGACAAGCUCGAUAAUGAUCAAAAGAAGGAAGUUAUUGAACAACUCCGGGACUUCAUCUCCCAACUGCGCGAGAUAAAAGGCUCCUUCAUCGGAUCCGUGGACAGUACGGCCUGCGAAGACCAACUCUUCACCGACGAGAUUGGCGGGUAUGGGCCGUAUAAGGAUGAAGAGUCUUUCAACGUAGGAAUCGCCACUGCAGUUAAGAGAACAUUAACUGGUAGCUGGGCCGACACGGUGACAAACAUGGUAAUGGCUCUGAGGAAUCACGACAUUGUGAUGACGCAUGGGGCAUUUCAUCCCCGCCAGGAGUGCUUCGUCUUCCAAAUAUCUCGCGGAACCGCAAUUUCUGCGAAAUUGCCAGCGUGUCCCAUUUUCUCUAACAUCUUCCAACCACAAUUCACCAUAAUGACAUCCUCGACCUCAAAAUCUCCAGUCUACUCCCCACCUCUCACCCUCCCACCGCCACAAACUCACAAGACAACCCUGAUAAUUCUUCACGGCCGUCGCUCCACCGCCCAGAAGUUCGCCGAACCACUUCUCACGCAUCCGGUCUCCCCUGUCUCAACAGUGACCUCCUCAACCUCAAGCGAGCUCUCGGAUUCUUCCAAAGCCUUCCGCGACUACUUCCCCCAUACAAAAUUCGUCUUUCCUACCGCCCCCCUGCGUCGAGCCGUCGUAUUCAAGCGCAGCCUCACGCACCAGUGGUUCGACAACUGGUCUCUAACUCAGCCAGAGCUUAAGCAGCAUUUGCAGAUUCCAGGUUUGCGCGAGACAAGCGCAUAUUUGCACGACUUGUUACGGAAAGAGAUUGAGGUCGUGGGAGCGAAGAACGUCGUCUUGAUGGGGCUCAGUCAGGGCUGUGCGGCUAGCCUUAUUGCGACGCUUCUGUGGGACGGCGAGGCGUUUGGGGCUGCGGUGGGUAUGUGUGGGUAUCUGCCGUUUCGAAAGGGAAUGGCGGAGGCUGCGGAGGAUGCGAGAGAUGGAGCCGAGGAUCCCUUUGAAGGUUCGGGGGAUGACGAGCGGGAGGACAUGCUCGAGCGGGAUGGAGAAGAUGCUGAGGGAGGCGAAACUAAUUUCGAGAGAGCUGUUGAAUGGCUGCGCGAGGAGUUGCAGGCAAGUAGUGAAGGGGGCGACGAUGCUAAUAAGCCGCUUUCGAUGCAAUCGAUACCGGUUUUCAUGGGCCAUGGAACAGAAGAUGAGAAGGUGCCAUGUGAAACUGGCAGGUUGGCCGCAGAGUUCUUGAGUGGCAUAGGCGUCAAUGUACAAUGGAAUGAGUAUGAAGAGCUGGGUCACUGGUAUUCCGAAAAUAUGCUGCGAGACGUGGUCACAUUUCUAAGUGGUUUGAAAGGAUGGGAGGAUAUUGUUAGAGUUGGAAAAUAA